AUGUCCAAAAUAUCGCUUAAUGCGGACAUUAUGAAAUCGUUCAAGCCUUCGAAAGCAUUUACUGGCUACUGUCAAGAAGAUAAACAAUUCACUAGUAUAGCAUUCGAUGAUACAGGUUCAACUUGCGUUACAGCAGCAUCUGAUGACGGUUUCCAUAUAUUCGACGCUAGACUCGGAAAACAUCAAAAACACUUUAAAAGUGAGAAAUACGGCAUAGAUUUACCUUGUUUCACUCACGCAAGUUCUACUAUUCUUUACGCUUCAACAAAGGUCGAUAACUCGAUUAAAUACCAUUCUCUACAUGAUAACACUUAUCUGCAAUACUUUAGAGGCCAUAAUGGUAAAGUUAAUUCACUCGAAAUGAGUCCUGUCAGCGACCAGUUCUUAUCAGCAUCCAGUGAUGACACCGUUAGAUUGUGGGAUAUACGUAGCCCACAGUGUAUGGGUCUUCUCAAUAUUCAAGGGAAUUCAACAGCAGCUUGGGAUCCAACUGGGUUGAUAUUUGCGGUCUCACUCUACAAAGAAUCUUCCAUUUUGCUAUACGACACCAAAGAAUUCGAUAAAGCGCCUUUCAUGACGUUCGUUUUGCAAGACAAAGAUCCAAAAGUACCUGGAAGAUCGAUCUACCCUCAUCCAACCUGUAUCAAGUUCUCUACAGAUGGUAAUUAUAUGUUAGUUGGUACAAAUAGCUACUAUCACUACAUAUUGAACUCAUUCACCGGUCAAAUUUACUACCGUUUGACGGGACAUGAAACCUUCUCAAGUAGCCAGCUACACAGGGAUAUGUUGAGUUGGACACCAGACAGUAAUUACGUUGUUGGUGGUUCAAAGAAUGGUAAAAUAUUCGUAUGGGAAAUACCGCCUUUUACUGAGCAAAAAGAUCACGAGGCGAGGAAUCUUUCACCGAUAGUCAGCACAGAUAAUCACAAUAAAGAGCCAAGUAAAGUUGUUUCAUUUAAUCCAAAAAUGAUCAUGAUGGCUACAGCAGCAGGAUCUGAAUUAGAUUUUUGGUUACCUAUGCAAGACAGUCGUCGUAGUGAUCAUUAA